UAUGCUAGUCUUUAUCACAAUGGAUCAGGACAAAAAAAAGAAGAGAAAAAGGUCUGUUUAUAGUUGAUAGCCUCAUACUUCAAAAAAAUUUGAAACUGCACCGAGAGCUUUGAAGUCUUGAUAAUGGCUACACCAGUUUCAAUUGAGGUCUGGAAUCCUAAUGGGAAAUAUAGAGUUAUUAGCACCAAACCCAUGCCUGGAACCAGAUGGAUUCGUCUCCUAACCGAUCAGAAUUGCCGUGUUGAAAUCUGCACACAAAAGAAAACCAUCUUAUCUGUGGAGGAAAUUCUGACCCUUAUUGGCGAUAAGUGCGAUGGUGUAAUCGGACAGUUAACAGAGGAUUGGGGUGAGGUGUUGUUUUCAGCAUUGAGCAAAGCAGGAGGAAAAGCUUUCAGCAAUAUGGCUGUUGGUUAUAAUAAUGUUGAUGUUAAUGCUGCUACUAAGUACGGUGUCGCUGUUGGCAACACUCCUGGUGUACUUACAGAGACUACGGCAGAAUUAGCAGCUUCACUUUCACUAGCAGCUUCCAGAAAAAUAGUUGAAGCUGAUGAAUUCAUGAGGGCUGGUUUAUACGACGGUUGGCUUCCUCACCUGUUUGUGGGAAACUUGCUAAAGGGACAGACUGUGGGAGUUAUUGGAGCUGGUCGUAUUGGAUCUGCUUAUGCAAGAAUGAUGAUUGAAGGGUUCAAAAUGAAUCUAAUUUAUUUUGACUUAUACCGAGCAACUCGACUGGAAAAGUUUGUUACAGCUUAUGGUCAGUUCUUGAAAUCUAAUGGUGAACAACCUGUUACUUGGAAAAGGGCAUCAUCUAUGCAAGAGGUUCUUCGAGAGGCCGAUGUGAUAAGUCUUCACCCAAUCUUGGACAAAACCACGUACCAUUUGAUCAACAAAGAUAGCCUAGCUAUCAUGAAGAAGGAAGCAAUCCUUGUAAAUUGUAGUAGGGGUCCUGUGAUUGAUGAAGUGGCUUUGGUGGAACAUCUAAAAGAAAACCCAAUGUUCCGUGUUGGUCUUGACGUCUUUGAGGAUGAGCCAUUCAUGAAACCUGGACUUCGGGACAUGAAAAAUGCUGUUGUGGUACCUCAUAUCGCGUCUGCUUCCAAGUGGACUCGUGAAGGAAUGGCAACAUUAGCAGCAUUGAAUGUCCUGGGGAAGAUAAAAGGUUAUCCAAUUUGGUCUAAUCCAAAUCAAGUUGAACCGUUCCUGGACGAAAACUCCCCACCUCCAUCUGCUUGUCCGAGCAUUGUUAAUGCUAAACCCCUGGGUUUAACUGCUUCAAAGCUCUAAGCAGAUGGAUUAAAGUCACAUAUGUGGAAAAGAUUAUAAACAGAAGAUAUGCUAGAAAGUUUGUCACGUACUCCAAAAUGUUUUCAUAUGUUCAAAGGGAAGUUUAUAACAGAAAAUAUUCAUCUUUUGCGCCAUACUGCUAAUAUUGUAUUAAAUACUUCUACCCUCAAUUAGCAUGUGUUGUGUAUAAGAGUCAUCACAUUCGUAGAAGUAAUCUCAAGCAAGGCUAAGCAUGAGGUAUUAUUAGGUGUUUCGAAUUAAAUGGUGAAAACGUGCACUGUAUUUGUGAAUGAUUCCCAUAAAUCUAUACAAAAACUUCUACUUCCAAA